AUCAAGCACCUAGUCAUGCAGACUGCUUCUACAAACAUUUGAGAAAGAAUGGGUCACUCUCAGGAGUUCAGUGAAUUCAAGCGUGGUACCGUGAUAUGUCACCACCUGUGCAAUAAGUCCAUUCGUAAAAUUUCCUUGCUAUUAAAUAUUCCACAGCCAACUGUUAGUGGUAUUAUAACAAAGUGGAAGCAACUGGGAACAACAGCAACUCAGCCACGAAGUGGUAGGCCACGUAAAAUGACAGAGCGGGGCAGUGCUGAAGCGCACAGUGCGCAGGAGUUGCCAAAUGUCUGCAGAGUUAAUAGCUAAAGACCUCCAAACUUCAUGUGGCCUUCAGAUUAUCACAACAGUGAGUAGAGAGCAUCAUGGAAUGGGUUUCCAUGGCUGAGCAGCUGCAUCCAAGCUUUACAUCACCAAGUGCAAUGCAAAGUGUCGGAUGCAGUGAACUCUAGAGCAGUGGAGAUUUGCCAGGAGAACAGUACUUGCCUGACUACAUUGUGCCUAGUGUAAAGUUU